AUGGGAGGCAACGACCUCAACCUCAAGAAAUCAUGGCAUCCCCAGUUGAUGUCCAACCAGCGGCGGGUCUACGACGCCGAACAGGCUGCACUGCAGGAACGGAAGCUCACCGAAGCCCGACUCGAGGAGAUCAGGCGCGAGCGACAGAUUGAGGAGACACAGAAGCAGCUCGAGGCUGCGGGAGGACAGAAGAAGGUCGACCGUGUUGAAUGGAUGUACCAAGGCCCAAACGAUGGCGGGCGCGACGAAUACUCGAGCGAGGCAUUCCUACUCGGCAAGCGACGCAUCGACUCCGUCCUCCGAGGGGACGACAUGAAAAAGGUGGAGAAGACGGCAGGACCAACUGGCGAAACACCCGGGCCUGUUCCGAUCAUUGCCUCCGCGCGAGACACGGCUGCCAAGAUCCGAGAAGAUCCUCUCGUGGCGAUCAAGAGGCAGCAACAAGAGGCUUACUCGGCCAUGGCUAAGGAUCCUGCUAAGCGCCGGCAGUUUCUAGCAGAGAGGGGCAUUAUAGAAGAGAAACCCAAAUCAAAGCACAGGGAGCAUAGGGAGCACAGACAUCGCAGCCACAGGUCCCAUCACCGUCACCGCGAUGACGACCCUGAUCGCGAACGGCGUCACAGGCGCCGACGAGAAGACUCACGAGAACGAUCACGCAGUCCACGGCGGUAUGACGAUGAUUCAGACUCUGAGAGACGUCACAAGAGGAGGCGUUCAGAUUCGAGAGACAGAUCGCCACCGACGCGCCGGGAUGAUGAUGAUUCGGGCAGUGGGAGACGCCACAAGAGCCGUCGUUCAGACUCUCGAGACGGGUCUCGAGGUCCGCGGCGUUACGACUCUGGGGAAGAGGACAGAGAAAAGGCCCCGAGGAGAGAAUAUUCGGACCGACGGCGGUAUGACUCGGAGGACCGCAGGGAAGGCAGGGAGAGGAGGCAAUCUCCCAAUCGGAAACGCUCCCAUCGUAACCUCAACGGAGCAGGAGCACAGCGUCCCGACAACCGCGACGAUGAAGAAGAGAGAGCGAGAAAGCUUGCGGCCAUGCAGAAUGAUGCCACAGACCUGGACAGAGCCAGGGAAGCCCGUCUCGCAGCGCUGGCGGAAAAGGAACAGGCCGACCGCGAGGCUGAUGACCAAGCCCGAGCAAAAGCAUCCAAGUAUGGAGGCCGGGAGUUUGCACACAAGCUUCACAACGCAGCAGGAAAUGGGAGUCUGGCAGACAGGAUUGGUCGCGGCCGUCAAGGAUUUCAGAGGGACGACGACUGA